AUGGCGCCUCCGCGGAACCAGUUUUUUUCGGGUCGCGGCAACGCAACCAUGAUUCAAAUCACCCGCGACGAGUACGAUGGCUUCAUCGAGGUGGCGCACAAGUACGCCAAUUUGUGUCAGAACCUCACGAGCGGCGGCGUUGGAGAAGAGACUAUACAGCUUCUCAGUAAUCAGGUCUCGAACUCGCAAGGCGGCCCAACCGUAGACGGUGCUACCGCCGACGAUCAUGGUGCUCCCCUCCAGGCCACGGCUCCAGAAGUUACGGGACACGGACAGCCUGCAUUGGGCCCAGGUGGUCGACAGGGACGCGGUCGACCUCGUGGUGCAGGUGACGAGAAAAAGAUGGCCAUCCGCCACGACCUCGAUCUCAAGCUUGACAACUCCCCAGAAUCAUCCGAAGAGGGCCUCGACGCCUUCGACCCGGCUGCCGGAGAGGCAACCGAAUCAGGCACAGAGGCCGCGUCCCCAUCCCGCGCCUCCCCGCGCCUGCGCCUGGAGCGCGAGGCUACCCGAUCCGUCAUGCUGGUUAACCUGGCCGAGAGAACCCGGCACGCCGACAUCACUUCCGUCGUUCGGGGAGGCAUGCUUCUUGACGUCUACAUGAGGCCUCGCGAAAACGCGGCCGUCAUUUCUUUUCUCCAUGGCGUUGAUGCCCAAGCCUUUUACGAGCACGUCCGCCACCACGGUUUGAUGAUCAAGAAUCGCAAGGUUGAUGUCAAGUGGAAUCAUUUCCAAUUCACUCUCCCGGGCAAUACCGCCCACAAGAUCACCAUGGGCGCCACCCGGAAUCUCGUCAUUCGUCGCCGAAACCACAACUUGACCGAACAGAUGAUUCGUGACGAUCUGGAACACAUCCACAACCUCGUCGUCAUCAGGGUAGAGUUCAUCGGGGAUAGCUGCUACAUCAGCACCAACUCGGUCCACAAGGCUGCCUUUGCGCGCCUGUGCCUCAUGAGUCGACGUGAGUACAAGGGCAGCCACGUUGAAUGGGAUAUCGACGAGUGCGCCCAGCCUCUCGACCGCAUGCCCAUCCCUAAUCGCGCUGCUGCCGCCCCGGCAGCUGCUCCGAGCAAGCCGGUGGACCAGGACCCAUUGUUCAACCGAUUUGAGCUCCUCAGCCUCGAUAACUAA